AUGUGGAAUGAUAUUGAACUACUUACAAAUGAUGACACAGGGAGUGAGCGGCUCCCUGUUGGUUUAGGACAUGAAUGUGGAACUGCGUUGUACCAAGUGGAUACGCUACUUCAGAUCACAUCUUCAGAACAGGUCUCUGUAAAUCCGCAGUUGUGUGCGUUCAACUCGAGGGAUGGCACUAUUAUUGUUGUUGACAGAUCAGUGGCACUUCUUGACAGUACAGGGCAGUCCCUUCUGAUGCAUGUUCAGUUUGAUACUAAUGUGGAUGUUGUUGGCAUGUGUCAAGAAAAACAAUUUCUUGUGGUCGGUGAGAGAAGUGGCAAUUUCCACCUUAUUCACAUACCCUCAAAACAAACCUUGCUAACUAAGAUUUUGGUUGAAAAAUCUUCAAGUGAAAAGACUUACUUAAAUCUCUUUAUUGAAAAAGAUAAUGCAGAGCCAGGUGUUUGUCACAUGUUCAUUCUAACAAGCAAUGGAUUCUUCUGCAUUAUGUGUCUCCCACUUGCUAAAACACAGGAAGCACUUGACAAGAUGGAUAUGAUUACAGCAAAGAAAUUACAAGGACAGAUAAAGACAGCUUUCGUUUCCACAGAAGAGUAUCACAGCCUUGGCUGUCAGAAUUUUGUGAUAAGUAACUCGGAGAAUAAAAUCCAUCUGAUAGUUGGGGGUAGAGGUGAUUAUGUACUCUCCAAAUGGGAGGUAGACACUACCAAUAACUUGGUGUCUGUUCGAAGUUUUGCUGAUUCAAGUCUGAUCAAAGAUGCAGCAAAACUUCACAUUCUUGACAAUCAGCUGUUUGUUUUGGAUACAGAGAAUAUCUUAAGCAUGUGGGAUGUUAAUUCUCUUACUCUAAUUUGGGAUUGGCCUUUAAUACAUAUUGAAGAAUUUCUUCUAAGUACAGAGACAGAUUCCUCUCCAGUCAUAUGGCAAGGGCUUGCGAAUGUUAAACUGAUAGUCAUGACAACACCAGAUAACAAACAGAUGAGAAGUCUGAUGGUUUUUGCAUUGCCCACUAUGCAACAGCUCUAUUCUUUGGAAGUAUCUAUUGUUUCUUCACUUGUUCAAAGUGGGAUUGGCACAGAUACAAUAUACUUCUUGGAAGGAAUUAAUGAGAAACAUCAGACGCCCUCUGAAGGCCCAAUUUCUAUUGUUGUGAUGAGAAGUUUAACUGAAGCCUUGCCAGAAAAUAGGCUCAGUCGCUUACUUCAUAAGCACAAAUUCACCGAAGCAGAGACUUUUGCUCUUCAGUUUGGACUAGAUGUUGAGCUUGUAUAUAAAGUGAAAGCAAACACUAUUUUAGAGAAACUGGCUUCAGCCUCUGUUGGGAGUUACGGUCAUGAGGUCUGGCUGGAUCUUGUGAAUGAAGCCAAAGAAAACCUGCAAAAAAUUCAGGAUAGCCAGUUUGUUGUGGAUUACUGCAUAAAUGCUCCAUGGCCACUGUAUGAAACCACUCAAGAAAUGUUGAACUACGCUAAAGUCAGAAUCUUGAAGAAAGAUGAUAGAAUGUUUGCUCCAUCAUCUGAUGGGGCUCCAGUGUCCAUAACUGAGGUAUUAAGAGCUCAGGCAAGGCUUACAACUUUUUAUGGAGCUUUUGGACUAGAGAAAUUCAGUGGCAUUGCUUGGACAGAAUUCUUGAACAGUGAAAACAUUUUCAAGAAUAUCCUUUCUCAGCUAGAAGAAGGAAAUUUAUCUUGUGCACAGUACCUCUGGCUUAGGCACCAGGCAGAUUUUGAAAGCGGCUUUAAUGAGAAAAUGCUGGAGAACUUGAUUAAUGCCAUCCAUUUCACUGUUCCUUUGAAGGAACUAUGUUUGUGGCUUAAAAAUGUUGUGGUCCCUUUCUUAAGAAGAGUAGUACCAAAGGGACAGAAAAUCCUAGCAAAAUGGCUGGAACAAGGUGCUCGAAACCUUGAAUUAACUGAUAAGGCAAAUUGGCCAGAAAAUGGACUCCAAAUGGCAGAGGUUUUUUUUACAAGUAAAAAUCAAGGUGAAAUGGGACUGACAAUUUCUGGCCAGUGGACUCUUAUGAGAUGUGUUGACUGUGAAGAGGUGCACAGGUUAAAGAAGCUGGUAAAUGAUUUACAAGAGCUAAUAAAUCUGUACAGAAAAUACAACUGCAGGCUGGCACUCUGUGAUUUUGAAAAGGAAAAUGCAACUACUAUUGUGUUUCGCAUGUUUGAUAAAAUUUUGGCACCAGAGCUUGUCCCAUCCAUUUUGGAGAAGUUUAUAAAACCCUACCUGUGUGAACAUAAUCUACAAAAGGAUGAACUACUUCUCCAGUAUAUAAAGGAUUUGCUAGAACGCUGUCGUACACGGUCUACUUCAGUAUUUGAAACUGCAUGGGAGGCAAAGGCAAUAGCUGUCAUUGGCUGUAUCUCUGACACAGAUCUGAAAUUUGAUGCAGUUCUACAGAUAAUGCAUGGUGCUAUGGUACCGUGGAGUGCAGCAGUGGAGCAGCUGGUGAAACAGCACUUGGAAAUGAAUCAUGUCAAAGUAAAGUUACUGCAGGAAAGUUACCGAUUGAUGGAGAUGAAGAAGCUCUUGCGAGCCUAUGGGAUAAGAGAUACUAAUCUUUUAAAGGACAAGCAGAUGAUCAUGAGACUAGCAAAAUACAUUCUUAAACAAGAUACCCCUACUUCUUUGGAGGAUGCUUUGAAAAUUGUAGCAGCAUAUAUGUUGCCCACUGUGGAAGUCUACGUUCUGAGGAUGAUAGACCUGAUUGACAAAGAAAGGGGAGAGGAAUCUCUGACGUUGUUAAAAUCUCUGACUCUUGCUGAAGCUGAGAAAGUUGCAGAGAGAUUGACUCUAUGGGGAACGCUGGUAUUACAGAAUAAAGCAGAUAAUUCUGAAGAGCAAAAAACACAAAUGUUUAUGACUAAGACACUUGUGGAAGUCCUGAAAUUCCUGUUCAGCAUUCAAAAAGGUAAUCCUCUGAAGAAAGAUGAAUGUGAAGCAAACCUAAAAAUGUUUGAAACACUUGCUACCCUGCAGGAAGAUUUUGAUAUCUUUCUUUCAGUUGAAGAAUUUAGGAAUCCUUCACUAAUGUCUAAGCUUCUUGAGAGUCACAUCAAAGCUUAUGAAACUGUCAGAUCUCUGUCAAAGUCUAGAAAAGCACAAACAGUGAAUUGUCGUUCAGAAGAUGGUAAAAGCAAGAACCGGUCUACUGAAUCAAGGCUGUAUAAACUGGCUCUGCUCCUGCAGAGGUCAGAGCAACAACUGGGAGAAAAACUGGCUUUGAGAGCACUGGAUGCUGGAAAAGUUGAAGAUGCUGUAAAAAUAUGCAGGGAGUUCUAUGAAAAUCACUGUAAUGAAGAAACAGGGAAGCUGCUGUUUUCAGCAUGUCAAAGGCUUUGUCAUAUGUUAGGAGCUGAUGUCCCAAUGAUUACUCCUAAUAAUAUGAAUCUUCCAGCAGUGAUCUAUGAGAUGGCUUGCCAAGCAGCUACAAUAUGUAGUCCAGAUUUACUGUUAGAUUCUCUGGAACUAUGUAAAUAUACUUUGGCUGCCAAGGAAAUUUACAGACAGUGCCAAAUAGAAAACUAUGGAUUUACAGCAAAGACAACAUCUUUCGGAGGAGAUAAAGAUCCUUAUGAAGAGUGGACUUACGAUGACUUCUUUAAUGAAGAUGGAAUAGUUCUUGAUCCUCAAAUAGCUCUUCCAGUUGCAUAUGAAACUAUUUCUUCUCUUCUGCCUGUUUGUGAGAACAAGCUGUAUCCUCUGGACUCCGUAAGCCUGGCCAACUGCGCAUUUGUUAAAGGACAGAACCUUCUGCUUCCUGCUAGAACUCCCAUCUGUGCAGUACUGCAGAACCUCAUGGAGUGCAGUCAGUGCGAGUUGGCUUUGCGGCUCAUAGUGUGUUCCUUUGGCUCCUGUCUUCAGCAUGGUGUAUCAAAUAACAUGGAUUUGGCCCUGAGUGAAAAG